AUGGGCUACCAACCGCAAAAGCUGCGUUUGCGGGUGAUAGCGGAAAAACGAGUCGUCCCCUUAAUACCUGCGUUAUUCUUGUCCGAUUGUCCCCCAAUCACCAAAGUUUCUGCUUCAAAAAUUCAGAGAAAUAUCAUCUCUAAUGGCGUUUCGAUCCUGCCGAAGCCAGAAGAUUCUCACAAUAGGUUAUCUGCUUCAGUUACGCUCCUCUUCUUCCCAAUAAGUACAUCCACCGCCGCCACAAGUGAUCCUUAUCGAAAUCCUCAGUCCGCCGCAUCUCCAGGCUUCGAUUCUCAGCGGUUUCAGAAUCAGAGAAACAGUCCGCGAAACCCUAAUCAAUGGAAUCCCCAACACAGUGGUCAGUAUUAUCAUGGAAACUCAAAUCAAAUCCCUAAUCAGAGCAAUGAGAUAAUGCGCUUGUGCAAGCUCAGGAGAUAUAAAGAUGCGAUCGAGCUGCUUGAUAAGGGAGCUAUGCCUCCUGAUAAAGACUGUUUCUCUUUGCUGUUCGAGUCUUGCGCGAAUCUGAAAUCGCUUGAGCACUCCAAGAAGGUACACGAUCACUUCCUGAGCUCUAAGUUUACAAGCGAUCCCAAGCUGAACAACGUUGUGAUUCGUAUGUUCGGGGAGUGUACUAGUGUCACUGAUUCUAAGAGAGUAUUUGAUCAUAUGGCUGAUAAAGAUAUGGAUUCUUGGCACUUGAUGAUGCGUGUGUAUACGAACGGAAUGGGAGAUGGUGCGUUGCACUUGUUUCUGGAGAUGAUGAAACAAGGGUUGAAACCGAACGAGGAGACUUUCGUUGCGCUUUUCUCCGCUUGUGCUAGUGUUGAUGCAAUAAAGGAGGCGUUUUUGCAUUUUGAUUCUAUGGAAAAUGAGUUUGGGAUUACUCCAAGGACAGAACAUUACUUGGGUCUUUUAGAUGUUUUUGGAAAAUGUGGACAUCUUGUUCAGGCAGAGCAGUACAUCCGCGACCUUCCAUUUGAGCCCACAGCUGAGUUCUGUAAGCUACAUGGAGAUAUCAAUUUAGAGGAUUACGCAGAGGAGUUGAUAGUUGAUCUUGACCCUUCCAAGUCUGUAACCAACAAAAUCCCUACCCCUCCACCAAAAUCAUACACGGACACAAGUAUGCUUGCUAGUAAGAGUAGGAUCCUUGAGUUUCGGAUUCUGACUUUUUACAAGGAUGAAGCCAAGGAGAUGGCUGCAAAGAAGGAAGCGGUUUAUGUUCCAGAUACUCGAUGUAUUCCGCAUGACAUUGAUGAAGAGGCUAAAGAACAGGCACUGCUCUACCACAGUUGGAGGUUAGGCAUUGCUUAUGGUAUAAGAUGCACCCCGCCUCGGAAGUCUCUCACUAUCAUCAAGGAUCUCCCUGUGUGCAAUGACUGCCAUAACUUUAUCAAGAUCAUGUCCAAAAUCAUUGGUAGAACGUUGAUUGUGAGAGACAACGAACGUUUCCAUCACUUCAGUGAUGGUAAAUGUUCUUGUGGCGAUUACUGGUAGAGUUCUUGAGUGGGUGUUUCCUAUGGCCUUGUUAUCCUAUCGCUCUAAGCUCUCUAGAAGUCUGUUAGCAGUUGGGAACCGAAAUAGGGUUUGUAACAAAUUUUAUCUGCUUUCGACACUUUUACAUGAGGUUUGGUUCGGAUCCGAGUCCAGGGUAAAAUACCUAUUGGCUAUUUUUUGGACCAGCAGGUCUCUGAGUCUGGAUCGGGUUACGGUUCGAGUCUGGGUCCUGCUCGAGACCCGACCGGGAGGAGAAGACAUGUAACGAAAAAACAUAGAUGGCUGUAUUCUAAUUUCUCCAUUGUUAAAGAAAAGCUUUUUAGACUAAGAUGUAAACACGAGACAUUGAAGGAGGAUUUAAAUAUGUGUCUUGUACUAUAACAUCAACGAAAUAUAAUAUUAUGUGUACUAGGGGCAAUGCCCCGCGCAAGAGAUUUAUUGGUGGAAGUUAGAUAUUUAUUUUUUAUUUUGUAGGUUACAAUACAAGAGAUCAUAACCUUUAACUUAAAAAGGAAAAGUACCUUAAACUUAACUUAAAAAAAAAACACCAAUAUGUUAUAUCUAAUGUUAUAAAAAAUUAUCAAAACCAUAAUUCUAACUUCAAAACCAUAUGCUCAUAUCACUAUCUUGGUCGUCUUCUAGAAUAAAGCAUGCGAGGAUAAGAUACUUUUGUGGCAAGAAUCCUUCACAAGAACAAAUGAGCAACAAGACAUUAUAUGGCUUGUCUUGUAAUCAGGACUGGCUCAACACUGUUAGGGAUCCUAGGGUAAAAAAAAUUUACCCUCUAAAAUUUAUAUACAGAUAAUGUUUAAAAUAUUUUUAAAAUUUAAUCAGUAUUAUUUUGUAUAUUUUGUAAUGAAAUAAAACUAUAUACAUAUCAAAUAAUUUUGGGCCCUUUUCAAUUUUAUUUAUUUUAUUUAUAAUUUUUUAUAUAUAAACAUAUAAAUUUAUAAAAAAAAUUGACCUCCUUAAUUAUUAUACGGGGGGACACGUGCUUGAACCCGGAGCGGUCGCACCGCUUGCCCCCCUAAUGAGCUGGCCCUGCUUGUAUCGUUGUCUGACCUGGCCAAUACUAUUAAGUAUUCUGACCUGGGCAGUGGAGGUUUCUUCGGUUUCUUGGUGUUACAGGUUCUUCACUUCAAUCCUAGAGGAGGUAAUAAGGCUCAUAAGUGGUGAUGCUGCCCCUUUCUCUUCGCUGGCUUAGAGGACGAGCUUGGUUGAGGAAGUUGAGCGCUAUUAAGCUCAUGCGGUUAGUGUUGUCCAGUCUAUUGUUGGACCUUGGUUCAGACCUUGUCCCAGCCCAGACCUGAGGGCAGUCCUUGAGCGGGCCUGUAUUUGCUCUUCAGAGAGAUGACAAUUUGUUCUGGCAGCUGGAAGAAUCAGCUUCUUGUGAGUGUUUUGUGUUCUUGUUCUCUAGCCUUCGGGUUCUCCACCAUCAAGCCUGUCUCGGCGUGACCUCUCGCUCGGACUUCACAAGAUUGUAUCGUUGCUCCUAGUCCUGUUUGCUUAUCGAUUGCUUUCGAUUCUAUGUUUUUUCACUUUUCUGCCGUAGAAUCAAGUCUAGAGGUCUUAUAUUUGUUAAUCACAUGUAAAACUUCAACUUUCAUUUCUGAAAUGAUAUUUACAAUUUAGCUAAAAAAAAAAAAAGUUGUAAUUGGUGAGAGUUGUUAAAGAGAGAGACCGUAACGUUGUGUAUCUCUGUAAAACUUCUUUCAUCAAUAAAUGAUCAUGUCUUUUGCAGCUU